AUUAGCAGGGAAGGGAACCCAUCUGGUUCAGAAGGCUUUGGCUUCUGAUAGUCAUGGACUCACUAGGCUGCUGAGGAAGAUCAAUAAUAUCUACUGGAAUCAGUCAUAAGAAGUCAAGCAUGGAAAUUGUGAAUUGAGAAGUGUGUGGCCAGACCAGUACCUCCAGGUGUCCAGAAGAUGUGUGACCAGCCAAAACACAGUCAAUGCUGCCCAGCAAAAGGCAAUCAGUGCUGCCCGCCAAAACAGAACCAGUGCUGCCAGCCAAAAGGCAAUCAAUGCUGCCCGCCAAAACAGAACCAGUGCUGCCAGCCAAAAGGCAGUCAAUGCUGCCCACCAAAACACAAUCACUGCUGCCAGCCAAAACCCCCAUGCUGCAUUCAGGCCAGGUGCUGUGGUUUGGAGACCAAGCCUGAAGUCUCACCCCUUAACAUGGAGUCUGAGCCCAACUCACCACAAACUCAGGACAAGGGAUCUCAAACCCAGCAGCAGCCCUAUAGCCCACAAAAUGAGUCCAAGCCAAGCAAAUGAGAGCAGAAGAAGUCAAACAAAGAAGAAGUCCCUGGGGCCAUGCCUUUCACUUUGUGGGGGGGGGGGGGAUUACUGAGAGUCAGGCUAGACCUGUGUUUAGAGAAGCAGUUUUCACAGUGACUACCAUUUCCACCCAAUGAGAGGCUCCUAUUUCCCAUCAUAGCUCCCUACCCUAGAGAGGCCUCCAUCUGGAAAUGCGAGGAUGAAGAGGCUAGAAUCAUCUUUCCUAGUGAUCCUGACAUUUAGACAGCACAGAAAUAAAGAGCAAUAAAAAGAA